AUGGAUCUACGGGAAUUGUUAUCGGAUGACGAUGAUGAAAUCAUAGCAUACCUAACCAGGCCGGUUGUGGAGAGACAAUUGUUUGCAAGAACAGAUUUAUUUAAUACACUUUCGGAAGAUAAAUUUUUAAGAAGGUUUCGUUUGAAGAAAAAUACUUGUAUUUUUCUUUUAGAACAAAUAAAAUCACAUCUAGAAUACAACGUCGACAGAACCACUGCUGUGUCUCCUAUGAAUCAGAUAUUGUGCACAUUAAGAUUCUUUGCCACAGGGAGCCAGCUAAUAACUUGUGGAGACAUGAUUGGCGUACAUGAGUCCACAGCAUGUCGCAUAGUGCACCGCGUGACUCACGCAAUAGCUUUACUGUACCCUGUAUAUAUUAAAUACCCCAGCACUCCGGAGGAACAACAGAAAGUGGCUGCAGAAUUUUACAGGAUUGCAAAAUUUCCUAGAGUGAAUGGCGCUAUUGACUGCACUCAUGUAAGAAUAAUAUCUCCAGGAGGACAAAAUGCAGAGCUGUAUAGAAACCGAAAAGGUUACUUUUCUAUUAAUGUGCAAUGUGUAGCUGCAGCAAACUUGACAUUUGAAGAUGUAGUAGCAAGGUGGCAUGGAUCAGCACAUGAUUCAAAUAUUUGGGAUAACUGUGCAUUAAAACGCAACUUUGUUCAAAAGAAAUAUGCUGAUAAACUUUUACUUGGUGAUAGCGGCUAUGCACAAACAGGUUUCAUGAUGACUCCAUUUCCAGAUGGCACCCCGAAUUCGAGGGGAGAAAUCCUAUACCAAGAGUCACAAAUAAAAACCCGAAAUGUGGUAGAAAGGGCUUUUGGAAUAUGGAAGAGACGGUUUCCCAUAUUAUCACGGGGCAUAAGUGUCCACCUGCAUAGAGUGCCUGGUAUAAUUGUGGCAACUGCCGUUUUACACAAUUUAGCAAUAAUGCAAAAUGAAAAUGUCCCACCAGUUGAUCCCGAAUAUCCUGUUUUGGCAGAAGAUUUAAAUGAACAUUUUCCACAACAACCAAGGGGAAAUCGCAAUAUAGAAAGAAGACUGCUUGUUGAAAAUUAUUUUUCUUUAUUAUAAAACAUUUAUCAUACAAUAAAUUUAUCACAAAUAAAAA